UCUACAAUUCUAAAUAUUCUUCUAAUCUCUCUUCUACUUUUUUCUCUCUCUCUCUCUCUCGCUAAACUCUCCACUCUUCAGCUUUUCCAAUCUGCUUUCUUUGACUCGAUAAGGGGUUUUUCGUAGACGAAUCAAAACCACAGAAAGUUCCGAUUUUUACCCAUUUUGCUGCCCCUGGAUCGCUUCACUCCGAGUUGCAUGAGCUGCCAUUUCUCGCGCAGCAGCAAUGGUGCCAGAAUCGUAGACUUUCCAUUCUGUUGUAUUUCCAAUGGUAUGGAUCUCAGAGCGACAGGGAUCCUAAGUUCCUAACAGCUACUACAGAGCAAUGAACCAAGGCAGCGAUGGGUGGGUGUGGCCAGAUUCUUGUUUGCACAGAGGUCUGUGAGAUGGCUACUGAAAAGUGCAUGGCUUCCAAGCUGCAAGGAUGCAGUGGUCGAACGAUCAGGGCAUGGGGCCCUGUGGACAAUGAGUCUCCAGUGGCAGGAUGCUUUCAGGCUGAUUAUUUGGGCAGGGGAGUUAAUGAGAGAUAAAACGCAGUUGCCAAGGAGAGAGAAUUUGAAAAUAAAAUGCGCUUUGAAACAUGACAUAGAGUUCUUUUCAGCGACAAAGUUCUCUACAAAAGAUGGGGUGUUUCACUGUAUUGAAGAACAAGAAGAAAAAGUCUGAUCAGAUUUUGUAUGUAAAACGGGCAAGCCAUAAUGAGCAUGUACCAACAGUUCUGCCCGAACCUCAAACUCAUACUCGCUCACUCCAGUCUGCUCCUCCUAGUUUUAGGACCAGAGUGAAACCCAUUCAACCCACUAAUAAAGUCAGUAACAAUAGAACAAGAACAUUAUCUGCUCCAUCAACUCUUGAUGCAGCAGAACAAGAAGCUUUGGCCUCAAUUGAGUAUGAGGAACAAGAAGAGUCAAAACACCGGGCUGCAUCAAUGAAGGAGCAGCGUUCAUCUAGUCCACAACCUUUACCCCUUCCAUCUCCUCAGGGAGGUGGUGUAUUGAAGGCUGUUGGCAGCUUUAAGUCAGUGACAGCUAGUGGUCCUCUAUAUGCUUCUGGACCUUUGCCGCUUCCACCAACUGGGUCACUUAGGAACUUUAUGUACGAGGAAAUUGCUGCUGCUUGCCACAAUUUCUCUUCAGAUAGAUGCAUGUCCGAAUGUCUUUCCUCCACAAUAUAUAAAGCGUCCUUUGGCGAUGAUGCUUCAAGUUCAAAGAAGUUUGAAGCCACUGUCACACGGCUUCACCUAUCAUCUCAGGGCUUGAAGGAAUUCAUUAAUGAGGUUAAUACUCUUGCAUCUUUGCAACAUCCAAACCUCUGUAAAUUGCUAGGAUUUCAUGCACGAGAGGCUUCAGAACAUAGGAUGUUGGUUUAUGAGAGGCUAUACCAUGGAAGCUUGGACCGCUUAUUGUAUGGGAGAUCUGAUGGGCCAUCUAUUGAUUGGAACACAAGAAUGAAAAUUGCUAUAUGUGCUGCACAAGGUCUAACUUUCUUGCAUGAAGAAGGGCCUUUUCAGGCGAUGUAUAAUGAAUUCUCAACAGCCAACAUACAGAUUGACAAAGAUUUCAGUGCAAAGCUUUCAGGAUAUGGUUGUGUUGGACAUAUUCCAGAGGAAGAGAUAUCAAGCAGUUCAUCUGCUGUUGGAAACCUAUCAAUGGAGACACUGGAGAAAGGAAUGCUCACUCCAAAGAGCAACGUAUGGAGUUUUGGAAUUUUCCUUCUGGAGCUACUCACAGGAAGGAAGAAUCUUGACAGCCGUCACCCCAAGGAAGAGAGAAAUUUAGUCAAGUGGAGCCGGCCCUUCCUAGCUGAUAAUCAUCGUCUGUCGUUGAUCAUGGAUUCUCAACUCAAAGGUCGGUUUCCUUCCAAAGCAGCAAGAACAAUAGCUGACAUUGCACAAAGAUGCCUUCAAAAGGAGCCAUCAGAAAGACCUACCAUGAGAACUGUUGUUGAGCAUCUCAAGAUGAUUCAAGAUUUGAAAUACUCGUGCCGGUUCCCACUGCAGGAGCCAGCAUCAAAUGCUGGAAAGCAGAUGUCAAGAUCACCAAGUCUUAAUGGUAUCAUUACCCCUGCUCCAAGGUUGAGUUUCUCUCCGUCGCCACCAUCGGGUGUUGCCCCCGUAUCUGUUUCACCUCCAAGAUGGUCGGGAGUGCCGAUCCUCCUUCCGCCUAGGGCUUGUUCUUCCAGUAUCUCUUUGGAGGAGCUUGAUAGGCAAGAAAGUCGCAAGUCAUCAUCCUCAGCCUCUAGAAGGGCUAGUGUUGAAGGAUUUUGAAUGUCUAUAAUGUUCAUUUUUUAUUUAUUAUUUUUGGUGUGAUUCAACACAAAUUUAUAGGAGAUAAAGAUGUGGUUCUUCCACCUUUGAAUCCCUUAGUGUGAUGCUGAGAGGAUGUUCUUUUGUAGAUAGUGCAAAGGUUGGUCUGACCGGGUUCAAUUAGUUACCCCAUUUAUAUGAAAAGUUUAUAUGGUUUUAGCAUU